AUGAUCGGUAUCAUUGCGGACGCAGCAAGCAACCUUCAACAAGAACGCAAUUUAGAAGAAGUACAACCGACAGGUUCAGCAGCAUCUUCUGCAAACACGCAAACAACCACUACCACCACGACUCGACCUACCAAGAAAUACAAUACUGGAGGCUCAUCCAAAAAGUACAUUCCUAGCUUCUUUUCCGAAGCAGAUUGUAUUGUUGGUUGUAAUAACUAUGAUCCUUAUGACCAACAACCACUCUUAAAUCCCGAUGAAGUUGUAAUUUCUACCAAGAAUCUCAUCUUUGAAAAGUAUCAUGGAGAAAAUCACUUGUUGAGUUCUUUAAAGUACACGCUGAGAGUUUGUACAGUAAAUUGUGGAUUACCUGAUAUGUGGGUGAAAAUUGAAUUAGUUUGUGGUAAUUCAAAUACUCCUAUUAAGUGCGUGAAAAAAGAGAGACGUGGAAAGCGAGGACUUAAGGGAAGAUGUUAUCAAGAAUUUGAUAUUUCAAAGCAUGGAUAUUUAAAAGCUAAAUUAGAAUUUCGUUUUCGUGAAACAAGUAGUGACAAUGCCUCUGACAAAUUCAGACUCAAGUUAGAUAUUUACAAUGAGACGACGUGUUUACUGACCUUUCUGAGUCCUCGAUUUAGAACGGUUGUGAGAUCUCCACAACGAGGAAAAUAUAAAUUAUUGAGAGAACAAUUGGUAUCUCAGGGAAUUACUGGAAUACCUUAUGAAAAGCCUGAGGAUGAAAAAAGUGAUCAGCAAGAUUCAUCGGACAAGUCUUCACCCUCCAAAUUGCAACCAAUUCCACAACAAGAUUCCGCGGUCUUGUCGAAUUUAACUCCACUGUUAGAAGCUGCUGUUGGUUUAGCAGGGUCAGCAUCUACGACAAGUAGCAGUGGCAGUAGUGGUGGAAAACGAAAACGAGGAGAAAAGAAUGCAACCAAUAAAACAACGAAAUAA